AUGCCGCAUAAUGCCGCAUAAUUAUUAUUGGACAUCCCAAGAGCUGCAACUCCUUUGAAAUAGAACUAGGAAUAUCGCAGUGGUGAACGUCUUGACGGGCUGCCACAGACCUCGCUGGAGGCGCAGGCCCAGAUUGCCCAAGAACCGCCACCAAGAAAGCCUCGGCUCCCGCGAACGUUGAGGCUCAACCGUGAAAUCCAGUAAGACGAGUCCGUCUACCGAAGUGGCUCAACGACAGAGAGAGUGAUGGCCUCGACAUUCCGGACAUCUUCUGCCAACCAGCGCAUCCAUCGUUGGUGAUGCCCGGAAUCUUUCUAUCCUUGUGCAUGUGCCAUUGGAUGAUUCGACCCAGCUUCAACCCUUGUCGAAACGCCAAACGAAUGAGAGAUGACAUCCUUGUGCUCCAUGAGAUACUCAUUCCCAAUAAUAUGGCUUUUUGUGCCUAACCACAUGUUUUCUUUUUAAGGCUCACCGCGCGGUGAGGCUCAAUCGCACGAUCGCCAUGGGAGCAGCUCGUCAACAAGUGUUGGGCUUGAAGCUUAAUAGAGCCCGCGAUGCUCAGCAAUGCAUUUUUGUUGCUUCUCAGUAGUGGAUUGACCAUUUCCCAAUGUUAGAACCAUGUUCCCCCAGUUUUAAUUUUUCAACUUUUGCGCAUUUCGUGACAUACCAAAUAUUUAGUAGGAGAGUGCUUGAUCUUUGAUACGCGGCGACGCUCCACGUCAAGCAUCAGUGUGCCUUUUUGGUGUCACAGGGAGUCUUCCAUUAACUUCAUUCCCAAGCAUCCCCUACCAUGGCGUACCAGGACCCAUACCAGCAACAGCAACAGCAACAGCAACAGCAACAGUCACCCUACACCAACGAUGAAUAUGUCGCUGCGCGCGCCGUCAUCUGCAACGAACUCUGCUACGGCUGCUCAACAAAACGGUUCGCUGUUGCGCUUAGAAUUACUGUUUGCCUCUUGACCCUAGGCAUCACUGAAGCCCUCCGCGGCCAGGACGGUUGGUGUGCGCAAUGCCUGGAUCAUCCUGUCAUUCCUCCGCGACGUAGCCCUUCACGUACCACGUACGUUAACCAACAACCAGCACAGCCUCCACCAAUGGAGACGUCAAUUCCAACGCCUAACCCAACGCUGCCAGCCGUGACACAACCUACUCUGCUGCAAGGUGGUCUAUCGCAGCAUUCGGUUCGGAAGCCAUCGUAUGGACAGCCGUUUAUACCCCCCGACCUCUCCACUUAUCCCUAUCCCCAACAGCAACCCCAGCCUCAGCAAACCCAAGGUUUUACGGAGUCCCAACAGCAGCCAAUGCCCCAAUUCCAACCACCAUCCCAACCGGAUCAGCAAAUCUAUUCCGAGUUCCAACAGCAGCAAGAGACAGAUCAGCAACAAUACCAGCAUAACCUUCAGCAGCAGCAACAACAUCAGAACCACCAAUCCCAAGAAUAUAAUGAGUAUCAGCAACAGCAGCCGUUACAAGUACCCCACUCACCCCACUCUCCUACUCCUCGGACAAACCAGCAACUCCCAUGGCAGCAACAACUGCAACAACAGCCUCCCAUUCGAAUAAACUCGCCGCUCCAUCAGCAAACUGUCCCUCAAAAUGUGUCCCCCAACAUGGCACCGAAUACAACCCAGUACAUGACCCCUAGCUCAGAUCCCAAUACUGCCCCAAAUAUCUCCUCGAAUGGGGACCCUAGCAUGAGUCCGAAUAUGGUGACACCAAACACGGCACCCAACAUGCUUGCUAAUAUUCAUCACCCAAGUAACGGUGUAGGUAGCACCGACCCCUAUCAACUGCCCGUCGCAAAUACGCCACCAGCCAGCCUGACGAAUACCGUGCCCGGGCGAAAACCGGUUAACAUUGUCAUUGCGCCCCAGGCAGUGUAUACACCACCACAACUACCACAGGAAGUACAUAUUCAGCCGGUUCUACAUAUUAAGCCAAAGGUGAAGCGGCGGGAUUCUUCGUCGAGUAACUCAAGCUAGGGGAAUCCUUUUUGGAGGGGGUAGAGGGCCGAUAAAUCGUACUAUCUUCUUGGUUAUUGGUGAAUGGUUGGAAACUUUAGGGUGAGAAUUUGGAUUCGCCAGAUGAUAUAUGUUAAUGACGAGUUGGGCUUUGGGUUUCUUAUCUGGUUUUUGUACAAGGGACAUAUUAGCAAUAAUAUCUUUUUUUAUGUUUGGCUACAGAGGUGGGGGUAUGUUCUCAAUGUAAUCUUUCGUAAUUUCUGAAUUAUAUGUCCAACAAUAUUGUGCAUGUCACACAUUUUAAACGCUUAUCAUAUUCAAAGUCGAUGCGCUAAACAGAUGAGCCGGCGUUCAUAGCAUUAUAGAACUAUCUUAAACCGAUCCCCUGCCCCAUCAUUCUCCACCCUCACAACCUUCCGUUCCCCAUCCAACUUUUUCAGAACCAGAAGCACCCCAUGCGAAGCCGGAACAUUUAAAUUCUCCGGGACAUCAUGAUAUAUGACUUUCACCAGUUCCAUUGGCGUCCAGCUUCGAAGUUCCUCACUCUUAACUGGCAGAGGUGGUCCGUCGCUCUCAGACAUUAGCAAACCGAAUGUUAACACUUGCAACACUUCGUCUUCCCGCUGCUGCCGGUGCUGGAUGUACUCGGUUAUUUUGGAAUUUCCAUCUUCUAUCACGGCUCCAUGGCCCAGAUAGGCACGGGCGGAGCAAAAAAUAUUGCAUCUUUUCGAGAGAUGAUAGGUAUACUUCUAGAUCUUCGAAGACGGGAUGUGCCGUCGCCGAGGACGUCUGGGAGGGUAGGUAAAUUGUGGCAUGUGAGUUUAAAUAUUUAUUGUAUACCAUAGCAAGUUAAUUAAGAUAUAGUUAGAGAGAGGAAGGGGAGACGGGGGAAUAUAAGGAAAUGGUUUGAAGCAUACUGUCCCCCGUAAACAAGGCAUCUUCCUCAGCAAGCAUGAAUACCAUGUGAUCGUUCGUAUGGCCCGGGGUACUAUAUGCUCUGAAGGUUGCGCCCUCGACUUUAAAUACCUACCCGCCCUCGAUAUUCAACUACCCGUCCACAUCUGGUUGGUUCUUGUGUAUCUUCACACGAGGGCAGAUCUUCAGCAGAUCUAGCACACCCCGAAUGUGAUCAGGGUGCCAGGGGUUAAGAGAGCCGUUUUUAUAGUGGCCUUUUCACUUUCUAGUGUGGCCUUCAGGUUUUCGCUCCAUAUCGCACGGCCUUCACCUGUGUCUAUGAG